AUGACUAGUUACGAAAAUGGUUUGGAAGCUGAACAAGAAGAUACAAAAACCUUAUCUUUUGAACAUGAAGUAGACCCUGCUGGGGGAACACGUUUGGAAGAGACAAAUGAUGAAGAUGUACCAAAAGACAAUGUUGAAUGUGGCAUUAACAAAGAAUGGAUCGAACCUGAUAUUGUGCAAUGGAGGAGCUUGCUUCAAUUUUUGGAUAUUGACAAAGAACCAGAACAUAUACAGUUUUUGGACUUCGAAGGGAAGGAGUUUGUAAGUAUUGAACAAGCAGAAUCUUUUUAUUUUUUGUAUGCGAAAAUGAUGGGGUUUAGUGUUAGAAAAAAACUGAAGAGGGAGGACAAAAAAGGUAUUUUACACAUUAGAAGUUGGGUGUGUUCAAACGAAGGUUUUAGAGAACAAAAAUAUUGUAAUCUUGAUAAUAGGUGUAAAGAAGCUUGUGCUCUAACAAGAAUGGGUUGUAAUGCAGAGUUUAGAAUAAAUUUAAAUAGGGAAACUAACCGCUGGAUUACUAAGUGUUUUAAUAACCACCACAACCAUAAGUUUGCCUUCUUCCGUGAAAAACCAUUUCUUAGAUCUAAUAUAAUAUUUAGGGACGAGAUGAGGGAACAAGUUAUGCCAAUGAAGAGAGCCAGAAUUAAGACAUCCCAAAUUUGGACUUACAUGGUAGAAGUUCAUGAUGGUUGGGAAAAUAUGGGAUGUAUCAAAGAUGACUUGUACAAGGGAAUUUGUAAAAAAUAUUCAACUUGGGAUGAUUUUGACACGUCCACAGCAAUGGGUUAUCUCGAAGCAAAAAAGGGUCGGACAACAUGUUUUUCUACAAGUAUGAUGUACGGAAAGCCAUUAGUAAUACUACUUGGGUCUAAUAAUCAUGACAAAACGUGUGUGUUUGGAGCUGCACUUCUUGAUAAUGAGCUUCAACCACAUAUGAUUGGGCAUUACAAGGAGGAAGAAUGGGAGGAUAAUUGGAAAGCGACUAUGAAUAAAUAUAGAUUGACAGAAAAUGCAUGGGUGGAAUCACAAUAUGGCACAAGAAAGCAGUGGGCAGAUACUUUUCUUCGUGGUAUUUAUUUUGGUGGAGCUACUGCUACCAGUAGAUGCGAAUCUAUGAAUGAAUUCUUGAAAAGAGAUUUGCAAAAUAAAAUACCAUUGUGGAUGUUUAUACGACACUUUGACCAUGCUUUAUCUAUGUUACGUCACAACGAGAUGAAAGAACACUACAAAACUAAUUUGACUGAACCAGUAUUGAACCAGACAACUAUGCCGUGUGUGGAGGAUGAAAUUUCUUCAAUUUUCACAAGGGAAAUUUUUACAAGGAUAAGAAAGGAGAUACGGCAUGGCAAUAAUUAUAUUGUCCUGAAGGAUGAUAAGAUACCAGAUUACACUCUUUAUUUGGUCAAAAAAUAUAUUGGUUCUGGAUUAAAGCGCAAAGUGUUAAUCUCCAACGAAGGGAAUGAUGUGCGAUGUGAUUGCUAUUUUCUUGAGACAAAAGGAAUUCCAUGUAGACAUAUUUUUAUUUCAUUGAAGAAUUUGGAGAGAAGAAGUUUGCCAAUUUGUUUGGUAAAUAGACGUUGGCUAAAAGAUGCUAAAGAAGCUCAACUGUUGACUCAAGGUAAUGAAAGAAAGUGUCAUCAUCCUGAAGUUAUUGAAAAUUCUAGGUACGGUGGUGUAACCACACAAACCACUAUCACGUUGUACCUUGCUACAAGAUUGCGAGAAGCAUUUCAAAAGGCUAUGAAAGUUAUAUCAGAGUUUAAUGCAGAAUUGGAAAAAAUGCCACCAGAUGAAGAGUUAAAACAUCCUCAAAAUGCUGAAGGUGUAUUUCCUAAUAAUAUUUUGGACUCUCAAAUUAAAAAAAACAAAAGGCAGACCAACUACAGCCAGUUUGUCGAAAUCAUUCUCUGGAGGUGCAAAGAAGAGAAAACCAAAAAAAUUGCUAUUACAUUGCAAGUAUUGUGGUGA